AUGAAUGUCCGGCCUCCAGCAUCUACUCUGGACAGCUCUGUCUCUCUUUCUCUCUUUCCCCAUGCCUCCUUCCCUUCCUGUAGGAGUGUGGAUACACCACUGGCGUUGUUGCCUGAUGCACCUCCUUUGGAAGAGGACACGGUCGACUGUCAGAACUGGCAGGAGACAGUGGAGCCGCACACACUUGCCUCUCUCGGCUCCCGGGAGAUCCAACGGCAGGCUGUCAUAUAUGAGCUGUUCACAACGGAAGCAUCUCACUUGCGGACUCUCAGGGUUCUCGAUCAGGUGUUUUUCCAGAAGAUGAGGAACCUUUUGACCAUCGAAGAACUUUCCUGUAUCUUCCCCAACCUGCCCCAGGUCUACAGUCUUCAUGCGAAUCUGUGUGAGUCCAUGAAGAGGCUGAGGGACUCUCCUAUAGUUCAAGGCAUCGGAGACAUCAUGGUGUCUAGAUUUGAAGACGCUGCAGGAGAGGAGUUCCAGGAGCAGGUGUCUCACCUGUGCAGUCAGCAGAGUCAGGCACUGGAGCUCAUUAAAAAUAAACGCAAAGACCCGCGUUUCGCGCACCUUAUACAGGAAUGUGAAGCCAGCCCUCACUGCCGCCGACUGCAAUUAAAGGACCUUCUAGUGUCUGAGAUGCAGAGACUCACCAAAUACCCCUUGCUGCUGGAUAACAUCAUCAGACACACAGAAGCUGGUUCUCCAGACCUGCAGCCAUUGCUGAGGGCACAGGCGUGCUGCCGUGGGAUACUACGAGCUGUCAAUGAGGUCGUCAGGGAGACGGAGCACCGGCGACUGCUCAGCCGUUAUCAGCGCAGGCUAGACUUGUCCCCUCUGGAGAGGCAGGCCAGUCCUGUCGCUGCUCAGUUCAAGAAUCUGGACCUGACCACUAAGAAAAUGAUCCACGAAGGACCGUUGACUUGGAAAGUUAGUAAAGAUAAAGCUAUAGACAUUCAUGCUCUGCUUCUCUCAGACAUGUUGGUGCUACUCCAAAGGGGUCCAGGUGACCGUUUGAUCUUGCGAUGUCCAGCGCGCUCACUGGGUGGGGUUUGGGGUGGGAACAUGCACCUCAAAACCACCUUUUGCCCCGUUGUUCGCUUGGAUUCAUCUCUUGUCAGAUCUGUGGCUACAGAUAACAAGGCCUUGUAUGUGAUCAGUACAUCAGAGAGACAGAUAUACGAGCUGGUGGCUGGGAUUUCCUCUGAGAAAAACACAUGGAAGAACCUGUUAGAAAAGACCAUCUCCUCGGCCUCUGGAGGCAUUGAAGCCACCGAGCAAGGAUCAACAGCUCCGUCUGCGGUUCUACGGUUGCACGGUAAUCAGGUCGGUCGUCUAGAUGGCUCCCUAACAGAAGAGUCUGGUUCUAUAGAGAGAGAUUCACAGUGUGAUAAUGAAAAUGUUCUCACACCUACUAUCGCAACUGACCAAUCAGAAGCCUACAUGCAUACUGGUGGGCAGGGUUAUGUGGGAGGACAAGCUAAAGUGGCUCAUGCUGCUCUUCAAGAUGUCAGGACACUAAGACUGUUGAUCCUUGGAUCCUUGGAUCCUUUAGAGGCUGCCAGUCAGAAGCAGAAAGUGACAUCAUUGUCCUCACAGCAAGAAGGGCAGGAGAUGCCUUGCCAGUCACCAAAAGGCCGUUCACACCUGGAGAUGCUGAGGCAUGAAACGAGGCCCUGCCAAUCACGAGCAAGCAUACGGCAGCGCAUGAUAAAAAAUGUGGAUGGAAUCUUUCAAACAAUGGAGGGGCUGAUGAAAAAGCUGCAUCAGCUUAGGGAGAUUGAAGCAGACCACGGUAGACUGCUCACAAUGGUGAGAAAAAAGUUACCUGUCAGUCAGUUCAGAUGACACCAUCCAUGGGUCUUCCUCCAUUAUCAGGACACCAUCUAUUUAUCUUGGUCCCCCACUGCGAGUAAGCCUGAAAGGCUGGGCCAGGCCAGCACUGAAAGCAUGCCUAGACUGCUCAUGCAGUCCUCCACCAACGAGCUGCU